AACUUUCAGUGGUCAACUCUGAGGCUACUCUACCCACGUCAUGAACAAAUCUAUUACAAGUUAUCCAUCUUGAAUAUCUAAAAUGUCUCAGUUAAUGCCAGUAUCCUAUCCAGUUAUGGCAGAGGUCACUGGGGGUGGGAAGUAGCUUAUAGGAUAGCUAGAUAUGUUCAUAUAUGCUUUUCAAAUUAGCCAUCUUCUUAAGUUGGAAGUCUGGGAUUCAAGUUAUAUUUGAUUGUCACAGUCCAUGUCCCCACAUUCUAACCUAUUUUUGAGCUCUUAGCCUGGAACCACCAUACCAAGAGAUUCUCCCUGGACUUUGUUCCAUACAGGGUUGGCUAGACAAGGGCCUCUGAAUAUGAUGACAUAUACCCUCUUUACACAUUCUGUAGGUCUUUGGAGAGAAGGAAUUGACUAGGGACCCUUAUUGUGUUUUAUGAUUGCUUCAUUUGUAUUGGCCCUGAAGAUCCCUUUGUUCCUAAAGUAGGCUGGGUACAUUCUGCUUCCUAGAACUAGCCUCACAAGAAACAAAGGUAUAAGCAAAGCUAAGGGGGAAACAGAAUUAUGCUUGAAACUUUCUAUAGGCAGAGAACAAUUCUUGGUAUUGACUAGAUAUUGAGGAAGGGGAAUGAGAAGUAGGGUGAAAUUAUGGAAGGAAGCUGGCAGGUUCAUGAUUUCUUUCUUGGCAUGACUAGUCUUUCUUCAUCAUCUUCCUGGAGGUAGGGUUUGGUGCCAGUGUUCCUGAAGUGUUCUCCAUGGAUAAAAGGAGGUGAAGCUGAGUGCUGUCUCCAUUUCAGGUUCUUAGGGGCCGCCAAAAUGAUGUCCCCUUUCCCUCUGUUACUGGUGAGCAUCUUGUUUUCUGCCCUGCAGGCCAAGCAAUUCACAAAAUGUUCACUGUCUCAGGAGCUGAAUGACCUUGCUGGCUAUCGAAACAUCACUUUGCCUGAAUGGAUCUGUAUCAUAUUUCAUAUCAGUGGUUAUGACACACAAACCAUAAUAAGAAACAAUGGCAAUACGGAGUAUGGACUUUUCCAGAUAAAUGAUAAAGAUUUCUGUGACAGCAGCCAGAACCUUCAGUCAAGGAACAUCUGUGACAUUUCCUGUGACAAGUUCUUGGAUGAUGACCUUACUGAUGACAUAAUGUGUGCCAAGAAGAUCCUGGAUAUCAAAGGAAUUGACCACUGGUUGGCCCACAAACCACUCUGCUCUGACAAGCUGGAACAGUGGUACUGCAAGGUGUUGUGAGUGUCUGCUGUCUUUUGUCACUGCUGCCCUUUCCACACAUCCAGAACCCCAUUUCCCUCUUGCUACCUCAAUUUGUCUCUUUUUACCCCUGAAGAUGAUUUGUCUCUGAGCCCUGGAUCCUGUAGUGACACUGUUUGACUCUUGAUGACUGUUGUCUAACAAUGCAUGUCUGGUGUACUGGACUUUAGACACUUGCUCAGUGCUCCCAAUGGCACUUUAACUGCACCAACAAAUUCCACCUCUGUCAUGAAU